UCCGCCCCGCCUGUCGCCUCUCCAUCCCUCGCUCUCUCCGUCUCCCUGGCAACGGCGCCUUCCCCGCCCCCUCUGGCCCCCCCGAUGUCCACCGGCGACGGGCGCCCCUCGCAGCCCCCCUCGCGCUUCAGCACCGCCGCCGCCGCCAUGCAGGGGGAGGACGCCCGGUACCUCAAGAGGAAGGUAAAAGGGGGAAAUAUUGAUGUACAUCCAUCAGAAAAGGCACUUAUUGUUCACUAUGAAGUGGAAGCUACCAUCCUUGGGGAGAUGGGAGAUCCUAUGCUAGGAGAGCGAAAGGAGUGUCAAAAAAUCAUCCGACUGAAGAGUCUCAAUGCAAACACAGACAUUUCUUCCCUGGCUCGGAAGGUGGUGGAGGAAUGCAAGCUUAUUCACCCCUCCAAACUAGCAGAGGUAGAACAGUUGCUGUACUACCUGCAGAACCGCAGAGACACCUCAUCAGCAAAAGAAAAGAAGGAAAAAUCCAAUAAGCCAAAAGAUCCACCACCUUUUGAAGGGAUGGAGAUUGAUGAAGUAGCCAAUAUCAAUGACAUGGAUGAAUACAUUGAACUACUUUAUGAAGAUAUUCCUGAUAAAGUGCGUGGUUCUGCACUCAUUCUGCAGCUGGCCAGAAAUCCUGAUAAUCUGGAAGAACUUCUGCUUAAUGAAACUGCACUGGGUGCUUUGGCCAGAGUUCUACGAGAGGACUGGAAACAAAGUGUAGAACUUGCUACUAAUAUCAUUUAUAUUUUCUUCUGCUUCUCUAGUUUUUCUCAGUUUCAUGGACUUAUCACACACUACAAGAUUGGGGCUCUCUGCAUGAACAUCAUUGAUCAUGAAUUGAAGAGGCAUGAGCUGUGGCAGGAAGAACUCACAAAGAAGAAGAAAGCUGUUGAUGAAGAUCCUGAUAAUCAGACCCUGAAAAAAGAAUAUGAAAAGACCUUUAAAAAGUACCAGGGGCUUGUUGUCAAGCAAGAGCAGCUACUUCGAGUUGCCCUUUACCUGCUGUUGAAUCUUGCGGAGGAUACUCGUACUGAGCUGAAGAUGAGAAACAAAAACAUUGUCCACAUGUUGGUGAAAGCUCUGGACCGGGAUAACUUUGAGCUGCUGAUACUGGUUGUGUCGUUUCUGAAGAAACUCAGCAUCUUCAUGGAAAACAAAAAUGAUAUGGUUGAAAUGGAUAUUGUUGACAAACUGGUUAAAAUGGUACCAUGUGAACAUGAAGACUUGCUGAACAUUACUCUUCGACUUUUACUGAACCUUUCAUUUGACACAGGCUUGAGAAAUAAAAUGGUACAAGUUGGGCUUCUUCCAAAACUCACUGCAUUGUUGGCCAAUGAAAAUUAUAAGCAAGUGGCCAUGUGUAUUCUCUACCAUAUAAGCAUGGAUGAUCGCUUUAAAUCGAUGUUUGCAUACACAGACUGCAUACCUCAGUUAAUGAAGAUGUUGUUUGAGUGCCCUGAUGAACGUGUCGACCUCGAGCUCAUUUCCUUUUGCAUUAACCUGGCGGCUAACAAGAGAAAUGUACAACUCAUUUGUGAAGGAAAUGGUCUGAAGAUGCUGAUGAAGAGAGCACUGAAAUUCAAGGACCCAUUAUUGAUGAAGAUGAUUAGGAAUAUCUCUCAGCAUGAUGGGCCAACCAAAACUUUGUUUAUUGAUUAUGUUGGUGACCUAGCUGCCCAGGUAUCAAAUGAUGAAGAUGAGGAAUUUGUGAUCGAAUGCUUAGGAACACUGGCCAAUUUGACAUUGCCUGAUUUGGAUUGGGAACUUGUCUUGAAAGAAUACAAAAUGGUACCAUACCUCAAAGAUAAAUUAAAGCCAGGUUCUGCAGAAGAUGACCUUGUUUUGGAAGUGGUGAUAAUGAUUGGCACAGUGUCCAUGGAUGAUUCUUGCGCAGCGCUGCUAGCUAAAUCUGGGAUUAUUCCAGCACUUAUUGAACUACUAAAUGCUCAGCAAGAAGAUGACGAGUUUGUGUGCCAAAUCAUUUAUGUGUUUUACCAGAUGGUCUUCCAUCAAGCCACUAGAGAUGUCAUAAUCAAGGAGACUCAGGCUCCAGCAUAUCUUAUAGACCUGAUGCAUGAUAAAAAUGCUGAGAUCCGUAAAGUCUGUGACAAUACACUGGAUAUAAUAGCAGAAUAUGAUGAGGAGUGGGCCAAGAAGAUCCAGAGUGAGAAGUUUCGAUGGCACAACUCUCAGUGGCUAGAAAUGGUGGAAAGUCGGCAGAUGGAUGAAAAUGAACAGUACUUGUAUGGGGAUGACCGCAUUGAGCCGUAUAUUCAUGAAGGGGACAUUCUUGAAAGACCUGAUCUUUACUACAAUGCUGAGGGACUGAUAGCACACGAUGGAGCAGUGAGUCCUGAUUUCUUUGGUGAUUACCACCUUCAGAAUGGAGACCUUGUGGGUCAGCAUCAUUUCUCCAGCAGUGUUGCUGUGGAUGGAUUUGGCCAGCCUAUGGGUAUCCCAAGCCGCCCCACCACUGCUUACGGAUAUCGGCCAGAUGAACCGUACUACUACGCCUUUGGAGCCCGAUAAAACGUCCUGAUGUAUUAAACUAUUACCUUCCCGUAUUCUUGAACCGUAGUUAAAUUAAGACUUUUCUCCGUCUUCUUAGUGCAUGGUUAUACAGUUUACAGGUCUUUGUGGUGCAUUUUCUUCUGUAUGUGUUGCAAAGAAAUGUUAGUCGUUCUGUGACUCCCUUUUUGUACAGUUUGUGCUGUAUGUUGAAAUCUAUUAACUGGAAUGUCGACACUGUUAUGUAUAUUAAGCAACUAAUUUAAUUGCUAUUAAAUGCAGGUCCUGUAGACCGUGGUACUGAA